UCGCUAUACUGGAGCCCUCUUUAUCCUCCGCUUCGUCUUCCUGCAAACCUCCCAUUCCUACCACCAGCACUACUACCGCCGCCCUUAAAGCUAUUUUUAAGCCUUUCAGUGGGAGUAGUAGCUCUAAGUCUUUCUUUUUUCUUGAGCUCAGCUGCACCAAGUCCUUCUCUGCCUCCAAAAAUGAGAAAUUUCUGGAGCGUUUGAGCCCCAAAGAAAAUCUUGCGAUGUUAGGGUUUAGAGCACUCUCUGGUCACUCUUUUAUCAGGACAAGGAUCGAAAAUCCAGGGUAAUUUUCACUCACGAAGGAGCCACAAGUAAUAAGUCGUUGGCAGAAAGCAAUGCCAAAAAGAGCUGGGCUAAAUUGUUUGCAAAGAAUCAUUCUCGAAACCUAGGAUUUGAGGUACGUUAUAUCCUCCAGCAGUAUCAAAUGGUCAAAGAGUGGUCAAAUUUCACACAGAAGAAUUGAAGCUAGAGAUUCAAAUAUGGAAGAAUACGCUAAUUGGGAGUGUCUUCGGACUGAACCUGCGAUAAAGAGGCAUUGAGAAUUUUGCCAUGAGUCGCUGGAAAAGGUAUGGGCUUAUAUAUGCUAUUUAGCAUCAAUAUCAAGUACUCUUGCUUAAGCUUGGUAUGUGAAUUCAAUAGGGCGAGUUGGGAUUUCCAGGGAGUCCUUUUGAUGAGUAAUGACAGAGAGAGGGAGGGAUUUCGCGGGCUCUGAUUUUAUGAGGUUCUUGAUGUUCAACAUUGGCUUCAGAUGCUUUCCUCUCCAGACUGCAUGAUUGAGGCCCUGGUCGCGUAGGUGUUUGAUGGCAGCAAAGUCGACAAACCCACGGUGGUGGGGGGUAGAGACAACAAUUUUUGUGGAGAUAGCUCUAAAUACCUCUCUCCCCAACGCGUCAAUUAGCACCAUCGUUGCACCUUCGCUCUAGCAAUCCUCCCUUCCACCGCCGUUGGUCUUCAGCUGAUGGAUUGGGACAGUUAAUACCAAGUUAUUGAUGUUCUGUUGUUGAGGAAGAGAAGAUGGAGGCCCUGCAAUUCUCCCGUUGCGUGGGUGAUGUUUUACUUGCUCGUUGGUCCGAGUGCAGCAACUCCACUUUCAAGGCUUUAGUAAAUUCAUCACCUUUUAUGGAGACAAUCCUAGUUGAAAAUGAAGUGCAGCAGGAGGUUAAGCUACUUGAUGCAAUUAAUGAUGAUCACGAAGGUGUUAUUGUAGAAUUGAACAAGCCUAUCAACUCAGACGACUUUGCUUCAAUGCUAAGAGCCUCAAUUGCUCAAUGGAGAAAGCAGGGUAAGAGGGGUGUUUGGAUCAAAGUUCCUAUUGAGCUAGUCAAUCUUGUUGAAGCUGCUGUAAAGGAACGGUUCUGGUAUCAUCAUGCAGAGCCAAAACACUUGAUGCUUAUAUACUGGAUCCCAGAGUGCACUCAUACUCUUCCUGCAAAUGCCAGUCACCGAGUGGGAGUUUGUGCAUUUGUAAUGAAUGAAAAGAGAGAGGUGCUAGUGGUCCAAGAAAAGACUGGAAUACUUCGAGGAACAGGCGUGUGGAAGUUCCCUACAGGAGUUGUUGAGGAGGGAGAACACAUCUGUGAUGCUGUAGUAAGAGAAGUUAAAGAAGAGACAGAUAUCGAUACAAAAUUUAUAGAAGUAUUAGCAUUCAGGCAAAGCCACAAAGCAUUUUUUGAGAAGUCAGAUUUAUCAUUCAUAUGCUUGCUACAACCCCUUUCCUUUAACAUCCAGAAGCAGGAAUCAGAGAUAGAUGCAGCCCAGUGGAUGUCAUUGGAUGAAUAUGUCGCCCAACCAUUUGUUCAGACAAGUGAGCUUUUGAAGUACAUCUUUGAUCUGUGCUUGGCAAAGAUAGAUAAGACAUAUUCUGGGUUUUCUCCGGUGCUCACCACAUCAAAUAUUUCUAAUGAAAAUGGUUACUUGUAUCUGAACAGUCGAGACCUGAGAAGCCAGUGAAGUCUGGUCAUCCUUUGCCAGCUUAGCCUGUGGAGUUAUACUCCAGAAAGACUUCUAACUCUUCAAAUUCAGUUGUUCAAGCAAUUAAUUCAUCAGGUUUUACCGUUAGAUCAUCCUUUGGUUUUGGUUUGAUUGUUAGUGAUUAUAAAUCUCUUUUUAAAUGAGAUCGUUGAUGUUAAAUGUUGUUUUAGUUAUAGGUCUGCGAAUGUGGUUGCCCAUUUGUUA